CUUCAAUUCACAUUUCAACAACACAUACAUUCCUUGAGACAUUACUUGCUACAACAAACCACGUUUUUUAUGUGUAGUGUAAUUAAAGUAUCACAAUGAUUCCUCCAGCUGAUUCUCUGCUGAAAUAUGACAACCCAGUCUUGGUGAGCAGAAACACAGAAAAGAAGUCACCAAAGGUAUGAUAAUUUUAACAAAACACGUUUUGAAUGCUGGCUGCUAACGUUAGUUACAGUAGCUAUAGGUAGCUAAAUGUAUCCAUCUAGUGGUAUCUAACAUACAUUAAGUGCACUGUCAAUACUUUGAAAUCAAUGUCAUGCCAAUGUUCCUUUUUUCAACAUCAAAUUGGCUGAAGAUGGAUGUUCUUCUAAUCUAAAUUAUGUGUACUGCAAAUUCAGGCACGGCCUCUGAAAGUGGCCCCACAACAGCCUGCCAUGACUGGCCCUGUGCCACCUCCACCCAAACCCAAGAUCCCCUCAGCCGAUGCCAACAAACAGCAAACCGAGGAGAUCCUCAAUGCCAUACUACCACCCAGGUAUGACAUGACACACUCACAUCUUCACUAAUAAAACACCCUUCUCCCUAUUUCUUCCCCUUAGGGAAAUUAACUAAUAUUCCUGGUUUUGCAAAACCUGAAAUCUGGCAACCCUGGGUUAAUCUGAGUUCUACCACUGUUACAGGGAAUGGAUGGAGACCAACCAGCUGUGGGUGCAGCAGGUGUCCAGCACGCCGUGUACCCGCAUGGAUGUGGUGCACCUACAGGAGCAGCUGGAUCUGAAGCUGCAGCAGAGACAGGCCAGGGAGACGGGCAUCUGCCCAGUCCGCAGGGAGCUCUACUCCCAGUGCUUCGGUAAGGAGAGAGGGGAAGGAAAGAUGAGAUGCAAGGACGGUAGUAUUAGUAGAAAAGAGUGUUGGAUGCAAAUCCUAAAGCCAGGCCAGUUUGCAGGAGGAGCUAGAUUAGGCUAGCCUAAACCUGGUCCUGAACUAAAAAGCUAUUUCACUGGGUUUAAUCUGUGUCCGGGAAAUUGGCCCUAAAGAAUGUUGCAUUGUGAGUUUCUGUGUUUAAAACUCUAUCCCAUUGAUUGUCUGUAGAUGAGUUGAUCAGACAGGUAACCAUCAACUGUGCUGAGAGAGGACUGCUGUUGUUGCGUGUGCGAGACGAAAUCCUUAUGACCAUUGCUGCUUACCAGACACUGUAUGAGAGCAGUGUGGCCUUUGGCAUGAGAAAAGCCCUGCAGGCCGAGCAGGGCAAAUCUGACAUGGAGAAGAGGGUAAGGAAAUGGGACACAAACAAACAUUUGACACUUUUCUAAAAAAAUAAUUAAAAAAGAGCAUUUUCCGACCUUUGCAUCAUUGUAGAUUAACCUCUACAUUCAGAAUGCUUGACCUGUCUGCAGUGUCACUGGGAAACUUUUCAAGCGACCAAGCUAGUGUAGACCAGCAGAGGGCACCAUCUUUCUAACCCUCUUGGCUGCAUUUACAAAGGCAGCCCAAUUCUGUAAUUUUUUUCCACUAAUUGGUCUUUUGACCAAUCACAUAAUCUUUUCACAUAUCUUUUUCAGAGUUGAUCUGAUUGGUCAAAAGACCAAUUAGUGAAAAGAAAGAUAAGAAUUAGGCUGCCUGUCUAAACCCAGCCCAUGACGUCAGAGAACACUCAGCUUUUACCACUUCAUCUCACAGAUAAAGCUAAAGAUAGUGAAUGAGGAGAAACAAUCCAAGUGAAUGGACUGCUGCACCAUUGAAUGAUUAAAAACCUUUAUUACCCGAAAGUGAAUUUUAUUUGCAUCUACUUGUGUAGAUCUCCGAUUUGCAGAACGAGAAGCGGGACCUGGAGAGACAGGUUAACGAGCAGAAGGCCAAGUGUGAGGCCAUCGAGAAGAGGGAGACUGAGAGACGGCAGGUGGAGGAGAAAAAACACACAGAGGAGAUUCAGUUCCUGAAGAGGACCAACCAGCAGCUCAAGGUAAAGGCGCUCAGUCAUCAUCACUGCGCGAACUCCUAUGGGCAUUGUCGCGCCAAAUAUCUUCUAGAAAGUCUUUCAAAUUAUAUCAAUCAAUUGAUUUCAUUUGAAAUAUACUUAACAAAACUAUAAACGCAACAUCAAAAGUGUAAGCCCAAACCAGAUGGGAUGGCGUAUCGCUGCAGAAUACAUGCGGAGAUCAUCUGUUCACCCACACCGCGUCUCACAAAGACACGGCGGUUGGAACCAAAAAUCUCAAAUUUGGACUCCAGACCAAAGCACAAAUUUCCACCGGUCUAAUGUCCAUUGCUUGUGAUUAUUGGCCCAAGUAGGUCUCUUCUUCGUAUUGGUGUCCUUUAGUAGUGGUUUCUUUGCAGCAAUUCGGCCAUGAAGGCCUGAUUCAAACAGUCUCCUCUGAACAGUUGAUGUUGAGAUGUGUCUGUGACUUGAACUCUGUGAAGCAUUUAUUUGGGCUGCAAUUUCUGAGGCUGGUAACUAAUGAACUUAUCCUCUGCAGCAGAGGUAUCUCUGGGCCUUCCAUUCCUGUGGCGGUCCCCAUGAGAGCCAGUUUCAUCAUAGCGCUUGAUGGUUUUUGCGACUGCACUUGAAGAAACUUUCAAAGUUCUUGAAAUGUUCUGUAUUGAUUGACCUUCAUGUCUUAAAGUAAUGAUGGACUGUCGUUUCUCUUUGCUUAUUUGAGCUGUUCUGACUUGGUCUUUUACCAAAUAGGGUUAUCUUCUGUAUAACCCCCCCACCUACCUUGUCACAACACAACUGAUUGUGUCAAACGCAUUAAAGAGGAAGGAAAUUCCACAAAUUAACUUUUAAGAAGGCACACCUGUUAAUUGAAAUGCAUUCCAGGUGACUACCUCAUGAAGCUGGUUGAGAGAAUGCCAAGAGUGUGCAAAGCUGUCAAGGCAAAGGGUGACUAUUUGAAGAAUCUCAAAUAUAACAUUGAUUUGUUUAACACUUGAUUACUACAUGAUUCCAUAUUUGCUAUUUCAUAGUUUGUCUUCAAUAUUAUUCUACAAUGUAAAAAAUUGUAAAACUAAAGAAAACCCCUUGAAUGAGUAGGUGUGUCCAAACUUUUGACUGGUAGUGUACAUGUAUAUUUACAUUUACGUCAUUUAGCAGACGCUCUUAUCCAGAGCGUAUAUUAUUCAAAAUAUGCAGCCAACAGCUGUACAGAUAUUGCUGGAAAACUAAUCUGCAGAUUCCAUCUUGUCAUCAUAAAUUACACUUAUCCCACAUUUCCGCUUUAUAAAUACACUAUAUGACCAAAAGUAUGUGGACACCUGCUCAUUCCAAAAAUCAUGGGCAUUAAUAUGGAGUUGGUCCCCCCUUUGCUGCUAUAACAGCCUCCACUCUUCUUUUCCACUAGCUGUUGGAACAUCGCUGCAGGGACUUGCUUCCAUUCAGCCACGAGCAUUAGUGAGGUCAGACACUGAUGUUGGGCGAUUAGGCCUGGCUCGCAGUCGGCGUUCCAAUUAAUCCCAAAGGUGUUUGAUGGGGUUGAGGUCAGGGCUCUGUGCGGGCCAGUCAAGUUCUUCCACACUGAUCUCGACAAACCAUUCUGUAUGGACCUCACUUUGUGCACGGGGGCAUUGUCAUGCUGAAACAGGAAAGGGCCUUCCCCAAACUGUUGCCACAAAGUUGGAAGCACAGAAUAGUCUAGAAUGUCAUUGUAUGCUGUAGUGUUUAGUUCCAGUGAAGGGAAAUCUUAAGGGCCGAGCCCGAACCAUGAAAAAUAGCCCCAGACCAUUAUUCCUCCUCCACCAAUCUACAGUUGGCACUAUGCAUUCGGGCAGGUAGCGUUCUCCUGGCAUUCGCCAAACCCAGAUUCAUCUGUUGGUGAAGCGUGAUUCAUCACCCCAGAGAACACGUUUCCACUGCUCGAGAGUCCAAUGGCGGCAAGCUUUACACCACCCCAGCCGACGCUUGGCAUUGCUUGUGUGCGGCUGCUCGGCCAUGGAAAACCCAUUUCGUGAAGCUCCCGACGAACAGUUCUUGUGCUGAAGUUGCUUCCAGAGGCAGUUUGGAACUACAUGCGUCAGCACUCGGCGGUCCCGUUCUGUGAGCUUGUGUGGCCUACCACUUUGCGGCUGAGCCGUUGUUGCUCCUAGAAGUUUCUACUUAACAAUAACAGCACUUACAGUUGACCGGGGGAGCUCUAGCAGGGCAGGAAUUUGACGAACUGACUUCUUGGAAAGGUGGCAUCCUAUGACGGUGCCACGUGGAAAGUCACUGAGCUCUUCAGUAAGGGAAUUCUACUGCCAAUGUUUGUGUUUGGAGAUUGCAUGGCAUAUAUAGUGUAUAUUUGAUAGAUAUUUUUAACAUUUCAAUUUCUUAUCCUUUACAGGCCCAGCUCGAGGGGAUCAUUGCCCCCAAAAAGUGACCCCUUCAUUCCACAAGUGAUCUGUAACCAGCAGAUUUCAGAUGGUCCGACACAGC